CACUUAUUCACUGGCGGUCACAUGGAAUCUAUACUGAUAUUGUCUGUCAGUGAAUAGGACAGCUCCCGUGACUCAUUCGUAGCCUGAUAGGCUCAGAUCACGGUCUCUCAUUGUUUUCUCACUUUCGACUCGGAGUUUUGCAACAAUGUCAGGUCACUCUAAGAGUCGCGCAGCAGCAGGUGUCUUGCCUGUGAAUGCUACGAACAGGAAAAAUGCAGCCACUCAGUCCGCAUCAAAAUCAUCCCCAAGAACGCCAGCACCGAGGCUGAGGCUGAUCGUCCGACGCUUGCCUCCGGGACUGACAGAGGCUGAAUUCUGGGCCACUCUAGGCGACGACUGGAAAGUCGGCAAUGGCAAGGUUGAGUGGGCAGCUUACAAGGACGGGAAAGUCUCCAAAGAUCCUGCAAAACCCUCGCGACCAGCCAGAGCUUAUCUCAAAGUCAAGGAACAGUCACUUUUGGAUUUGUUGUCUAAGGCGGUCAAGGAAUCAUCGUUUCAGGAUGCCAAAAACACUAGCAAGGAUCCCUGUCUCCUGGGACCUCCGUCUCUCGAGUUUGCACCGUACAACAAGAUGCCUGUUCCUCGCGUUCGACAUGACGGUAGACAAGGUACCAUCGAUCAGGACCAAGAGUUCAUCGACUUCUUGCAGAGUCUCACUGAGCCAAUUAACAAACCGGCAUCGAAUGGAGCUGACGCUGCAGAUGCCAAAGCUGAUGCGAUUACUAUCACCCCACUGGUCCAAUACAUCAAAGAGAAGAAAGCUAACAAGGCCAAAGAAGCUGCCCAGGCCAAAGCAGCAAAGCGGGAAAGCAAGGAGGCGAAGCCCACUAAGAGUGAGCGCGCUCCGACAGUUAUCAUCAAGGGCAAGAAUACCCCGAACGCGACAGAGAAAGAAAAGGACCGAGCAGCGAAAGCAACCCAGGACGCGGUGAAGGCCGCUAACAAGUCAGCGGCCGCUAUACAAGGAAAGCAGACAACCACGGCCAAAAGUGAGAGUAAACAGACAUCGGUCAAGGAGACACGGCCACAAUCUCCAGCGACCGCGGCAGCAGCCACAACAUCAACAUCAGCCACGACACCAGCGAAACGAGAGCGAAAUCGAGAGCGGGACAGCGGCAGGGCUGCUGCUCGCAUGCUGCAGCGAGAUCUGGGACUGCUGGGGAGAGAAAAUACCUCGCAGCGCACUACAAAGACUCCGACGUCGAGUGCAGCUGCAGCAGCCGACAGCGUGGCUUCAUCGUCAACAGCAAAACCGUCAACCCCCACUACCGCUUCCAAAUCCUCAGAACCCUCAGCAGAGCAUUCGAAGCCGUCAGUCACAGCUGCAACCACCACGCCUGCGGCUCCUCCGACCGGUCCACGCGCUUCACGCGCUUCAAAUACCACAUCCACAAAGUCGGAACCAUCUAGCACACCAUCCGCGACUUCGGCUCGACCACAAUCCAUUCAACGUCAGUCCAAAAGCUCGUCUUCUCAACAGCCCACCGCGGGCGCGAAGUCUGCAUUCCUCAAGCACGCAAAUCAGUCUCAGGGUAUCACGGAGGAGCUCCUUCAACAAGUCUUCAAGGAGUUCGGAGCAAUCACCCGCUGCGAGAUCGACAAGAAGAAGGGACUAGGCUACAUCGACUUUCAAGAACCUGAGGCGUUAAAGAAAGCCAUGGCAGCGAGCCCGGUCAAAGUUGGGCAGGGCCAGGUUGUCGUGUUGGAGAACAAGUCCCAUCACGUUCAACAUGGGAAGCGCGCCGGGGGCGGUCAAAACCAAGCAAAUUCUGGGCAGGGAAAAGCAGGGACUGCAUCCCCUGCUACGGUCCCAACGACUGCAAACUCGCCCAAACCCGCUGCAGCACAGUCCACCGCCGCCUCGCAGAUGCCCACUGCUGAGACUCCAGCGGCUGGAACCGGCACAGCUACGUCUGUCCCUGCCUCCCCAGCAACACCAACUUCAGCAACUCCACCUACUGCGCCCCGAGGAAACGCUAGAGGCGGCGGAAGCGGCGGUCGCACAGGUGGACGUGGGAACGGUGGGGGGAGGAAAGAGGGAGCCCGUGGUGGCGGUGGGUCGGGUCAAGGCCAGGGCGCGAGACAAGGGUAUCGUGGUGGAAGAGGGAACUUUGGAGGUGGAAGACGUAGCGGCGGUGGUCAAGGAAAUGCGAAUGCGACAGCUGGCGCUACUGCUGAAGGAACUCCUAGCGCUUCAUCGAACCCUGCGGGCAAAGAGGAUGCGAAGAAAGAUUGAGCAUGACGUGACGAACAAUGUGUUGGGCGCGCGAGUGAGACUCGGUUAGGCACUCGGUCACUAAGCCGCUUCCCCCUGAGCCACGAUCAGGAAAGAGAUCACGGCAACGGUUGUCCGCGAUUCGACAGCCAGGGAUACACGCCGAUCCUUCUUGAGCACAGGAUGUGAGACACAGUGGCAAGCAUACCCCGACAAAGCCCGGAAGAGACAAACGUCUAUUAUUAUGGCACAUAUCCCCCAGCUUGCUGGCCGUUUGUCGACUGAAUUGAUGGACCCGCUGCGAGGCCAAAGCUAUGACAUCUCGCAUCCAUGCGCAACCGUAACUCUGAUGUCGCCAGGCAAAUGCCCGAGUCGUUCGAAUGCUGAUAUGGACUCCCUGACACUUGCUCUCAACUUUUCUCCCACUAGGCAUACCAGUCCGGAGGGUAGAUUUCUCUAUUUAGACAAGUACAUAUGUAACCUGAUGCUUCUGCAAGAGAUACUGUUGCUCGGCGCAC